UGUCAUUCUGUGUCUUUUCUUCCUCUUUGCUGAUCGACAGUCUGAUGUCAUGUGGUCUCACAGCUGGAUGUUGUGCAGCCCUCUCCAUGGCUCUCUCUGCUCAACACUCAAGUCUGACUGCUCUGGAGCUUGGAGACAACAAGCUGAAAGAUUCAGGAGUGCGUCUGCUGUGUGAGGGACUGAGGAGCAGAAACUGCAAAUUAAAGAGCCUGGUGAUGGAGGACUGUGCUCUCACCUCUGGGUGUUGUGUUGCUCUCUCCUCAGUUCUGGCUGCUCAACACUCAAAGCUGACGGAGUUGGAACUGGGAGGUAAUAAUCUCAAGGAUUCAGGAGUGCGUCUGCUGUGUGAGGGGCUGAGAAACCCAAACUGUAAAUUAGAGAAACUGGGGGUGGCAGGUAAUACUAUCAGUGAGGAUGAGAAGAGAAAAUUGGAAUUACUAGAGAAGGAGCUGAACAGAUCAGGAUGCCAGAUGAAAAUAACUACACAAGAAUCUCAGUAACAAAGUGUUCGGCUACAAUGCUUCACAAGAAAGUGUACUUCUUUGUCUCCUAAGCACAAUUAAAUAAGAGAAAUGGAUCAGGAAAAAUGGAUAAGGAUCUAUUCUAAGCACAAGGUAGCUGCUUGUGUGCUCAGCUCUGACUCUUUGUGUGACCAAAGUGAAUCAUUGCACCUGUUGGCACUGAUACUGUGUUAACACUCAACCAUUUUUAAUUCUGUACUUGGGAUUUAUAAACUGCUUUACAUUAUGACUUUUUAUGAGGAAAAAAACAGAAGUAUGUGUUAUGUUCUUUAUUUAAAGAAAUCUGAUCCAUUUGAUCUGAAAAACUUUUCUUCAAGUUAAAAGUAUGUAAAAUACUGGAGGGUAUGCUGAAUAGUGAAUU